CGUGACGGGCUAUUAUGUUGAUGCACCAGUGGAUUGGUGUUGUGAAGGAUGUGAUACUGACAAAUGGAUAAUAUCUUUAUCACAUGGACUAGAAAAUGUGCAAUCCGAGGAAUCCUCUGCAAAGAUUUGUCUGAGUACUGUGCAACCAAAGAAACAUAGUAAGUUUCCUCGUGGGAGUAGGAAUCGUAUUAACUGGGAAAAGGAGGUAAAGACUGGGAAAGCCAGAUAUCUACCUGUUGAAGAAGCACUUGGUCUGCAAUCAGGCAUGGAGAAAUUUGAAUCACCACUGGUAACUACUGUGUCCUCAAGAGUUGUGUCAGCCGAAUCCAUGGCAAUCGUGACUCAAGGGCAUUUUAGCAAUCCUAGAGUUCAAAUUUCAAAUUCUUUUCCGGAGAAGAGUGCAAUGCAAUUAUCUAAAGGUUAAGUGUUCACCAACAUCUUUUGUAUUCAUUAAUUGGUUUAAUUUGUCCUCUUUUUAUACCUCUAGUCUUUAGAAAUUUCAUUUUCUAUCAUUUACUUUUGUACUUUCAUCAAUUGAUGUAGCCUAUUUUUUAGGUCCAGCUGGUUCUACCAUUAUGGAGCAUAGGAGUCGCAAUGAUGUGAAUGAGAUUCGAAUGAUGAAUUCAUCUACGACACACCCUUGUGAUCCUGCUUUAGUUCCUUCCUGGAUGGGAAAUUUUGACAUCUUAGGUGCGCUGGAACUUGCACCUGGGUUAUUCAAUAAUUGUAUUCAGGCUCAUCCUCCUUGCAGAGUUAGACGUAAGGUGUAUGAGUUCUCAGGGCUAUUGCCUGAUACUCUUAAAUUUGAACUAGUUCCCCGUGGGGAUAUCUGGGCAGGUCUGUUCAACAGUCAUUUUCCAGAUAAAGAAGACAUAGGACUCUAUUUCUUCGCAAGUGAGAGAGAAAGGUCGGAGAGAUAUAUUUCCCUGGUGGAGUUCAUGCAUAGCAAGGAUUUGGUGUUGAGAACUCUUAUCAAUGAUGUUGAGUUGAUUAUACUGGCAUCCACAGCCCUGUGCAGUGAUUCUCAAAGAUGGAACAGUGAGCACUUCCUAUGGGGAUUAUUUUACCGCACGGGACAAGACACCGAUGGAUGUGCUGAAGGAGGCAGCAACAAAGUGAUUGAUAUGGAGAUAGACAUGAUAGCUGGAGAAGAUGUAGGAACGCUGGACAUUGUGCUCCACUCAUGGUUGUAGAUCUGUUCACAACGAGUUUUCUUCAUUCAGUUCUAUCUUCUUCA